AGCAGCACAAAGACAGUGACUGUGAAAGGAAAGGGAAGAAAGCAGCUCUCACCGUCAGGGCAGCGGCCGAGCCUGAAAAGCUGUGCUGACCCCGCAGCCUCAGCCUCGCUCGCUGGGCGGAGGGAACAAAGGCCACCAAGAAUUAAACCAGCCGGGAAGAAAAGCCGGGUCGCGCCGGGGGCAGGAGCCUUGCAAGUCCCACAAAGGACGCCCUCGGCCGGGGCUGACAGCCUCAGCCACACGUGCUCCCUGCUCGCGUUUCCUCCAGCAGCCCAGGCAGACCCUGCAGCAAACAAAGACCCCAAGAAACGAUGUCUGGUGGCCGCCGCGCAGCGCACAAAGCCCCCGCAGGGGCAGCCAGGGGGCAGCGGGACACCACAGUGGAGACAAUGCGCGGUGCGCAGACAAAGGCGGUGUAAAAUCCACGCAGGGCAUGCUUCAGAAACUGCAGGAUUAGCCCAUCAGCACGUGGAGAAGCAGCGAGGAUCGUGAACUUUCUUUACGCAGACACGUUUGACAAAUAAUCAGAAGUGCAUGGCAGAAACUAAAGACAUGGAAUUAAAACCUCAUCUGCCAGAGGAGACAGUGUGGGAGGGGGGCUUGGGGUCUGCGGGAAAGCAGCAGAGCAGGGAGCGACGCCAGAGGAGGGGGCGCGGAGCCCGCCUUUGCCUGUGUGAACAAAGGAGCUGUCAGAUUGGUCGGCCGUGGAGACCCGGCGCCGCGCGCUGCCGGUGCCACCACAGGAAGUGUCCGCCACGCUGCCUGCAGGGGAAAGAAGGUAGGAACACACAGUCACAGGGAACAGAGAGUGGGGGAAAGGAAAAAAAGGUGCACACUUCCCCCAAAGACACCUCCGUGACCGUCCCGAGCUCCAGGGCUCAAGCCCAAAAGGAGACAGCACCGGGGAAGUUCCCGAAUCGUUUCUGGGAGAAGAAGCUGCCAUGGAAGAGCCUGCAGCUCCCUCUGGUGCCCAGGAGGCAUCUGGGGCCCAGGCAGGGGCUGAGGCAGCAGGGGAGGGUGCAUCUGGGCCCAGCCUCCCUGAGUGUGAGACCUCUGGGGAAUCUGUGGCUCCAGACACAGCCCCUGCUCGCGCGGCCUUGGGCCUAGUCCCUCUCCGUGUGGCUCCCAGCCCAGCCCAUCUGCGGAUGGUGGGCCUGAGGCACGUCCAGGCCGCAAGGGGAGGGGCCAGGCCCAGUCACCUGCCGAGCCGGAGCACUGGCAGCUGGACAAAGCAAGUCGUCUGCAGGUAUUAUCUGCAUGGGCUGUGCAAGGAGGGGGAGAACUGUCGCUACUCUCACGACCUUUCUGGCAGGCAGGUGGCCCGAGAGGGCCAUGGCGCACCGCCCCGGGCCUCUGCAGACAGAGGCCCCAGCAUGGCUGCGCCCAGCCAGCCCCCAACUCAGGAAGUGGCGGAAGCCGCCCCUGCUGCAUCCUCAAGCUCCUUGCCUCUGAUUGGCUCGGCUGCUGAAAGGGGUCGCUUCGAAGCCGAGUUGGAAUGCGCUGGUCAAGGGGCUGUCGGAGGAUCAGGUGUAGAAGGCUGGGAAGAGGCCGUUGAGUUUGUUCCCGGGCAGCCCUACCGGGGCCGCAGGGUCGCUUCUGUCCCCGAGGCUCCUCUACAGAGCUCGGUGACUGAGAGAGAGCAGAUGGCUGUGGGCAUGGGGCAGCAGAUGGCUGUGGGCAUGGGGAUGCAACUUUGCCCUCACGCUGCCAGGGGACAGUGCUUUCGUGGGGAGAGCUGUAUGUACCUCCACGGAGAGAUAUGUGACAUGUGUGGGCUACAGGCCUUGCACCCCUUGGAUGCCGCUCAGAGGGCAGACCAUAGAAAGGCCUGCGUCGAAGCACACGAGAAGGAUAUGGAGCUCUCGUUUGCCGUGCAGCGCAGUAUGGAUAAGGUGUGUGGCAUCUGCAUGGAGGUUGUCUAUGACAAAGUCAACCCCAGCGACCGCCGCUUUGGCAUCCUUUCCAACUGCAACCACCCCUUCUGUCUUAAGUGUAUCCGUAGGUGGAGACGUGCCAGACACUUUGAGAACAGGAUCGUCAAGUCCUGCCCACAGUGCAGAGUCACCUCCAACUUUGUCAUUCCCAGUGAGUUCUGGGUGGAGGAGGAGGAAGAGAAGCAGAGACUUAUUCAGCAGUACAAGGAGGCGUUGAGCAACAAGCCUUGCAGAUAUUUUGCCGAAGGCAGGGGCCACUGCCCGUUUGGAGAGCACUGCUUUUACAAGCAUUCAUACCCUGAGGGCCAGGGAGAGGAGCCUCAGGGGCGGGGUGGUGGACCGUCGGCCGCAUACUGGCAUCAACUUUCGCAGCCUGUGCAGCUGGGAGAGGGCAGCCUGCUCUUUAAAAGCAGUAAAAAGGAGCUUGUCACGCUUCGGCUGGCCAGUCUGUUGUUUAAGCGGUUUCUUUCACUGAGAAACGAGUUCCCCUUCUCUGAGGAGCAGUGGGACUUGCUUCAUUAUCAGCUGGAAGAGUAUUUCAACUUGAAUCUGUAGUAUCCUGCCACACUCUGAUCAAGUCUGCUGGGGCUUUGUCGUCUGCUGUUGGCUGUUUUCCCUUUAUUGACAUGCCUGUCACUUUCAGGGGCUGUGGUGGCGACUUUUAUGCAGUGUUUCUCUGUUUUCUUGUCUAUGCCCCGAAUCUUUCCCCUAGGGUAAUGGUGGUUUCAUGUGUUAAAAAAUAGUAAAGAAUCCUUAAAGUUACUGUUUGGUGGAGCUAAUAUGACUGUUGCUUUGUGGGGUUUUUGUCAUGUCUGUUUUUCAACAAAGUUCACUCAGUCCUAGUCUAGUGUUUACAGAAUUUCUACACUCAUUUUGAAGUCCCUCAAGAACAAAUGUGACAGGGUGAAAGGGAAGUCUUAACUGGAAGCUUUUUGCUACAGUAGCCUUAAGAAGUGGACACUCGCAGGGCCUUGCUUGUUUUUGUUUGUUUACAUCACUGCUCCUUCUGGCAUCUCUUAAAGUGCACUUGUUAACUUGUGGUUACUUUGUGAUUUCGUGUUUUACUUGAACAAAACCAGGUGCAAAUGUUUACAUGUUUUUAUCCUGUUCAACUUGAUGUGAAGUUAUUUUAUUUAUAUUUGGAAGUAUGUGCUUAAAAGUGAUAUAUUAUAUAUGCAUAUUUGUGUAUAUUAGCUCUGUAUUGGAAAAUUUAUAUAAAAUAUACAUCGUGAUGUAUAUGUUUGCAUAAUAAAAUAAAUGCAGAGAUGAAAGCUGAGGUCAAGGGAUAGCAGGCUUGGCUGCUGUGUGAAUAAUCUUUCCCUUGCACAGAUGUCACUUUUUAGCACCUAAUGAAAACUGUUGUUCAAGUGUAAUGCCAAGUGUAACAGAUACAAGUCUUAAAGGAUAUAUGAAACAUGACAUUGGUAAUUCCUAUGACCUCACUGUGCUGUUAUAAAUACAGAAAUGUGUACUUCCAUGCAGUAGAGCCAACAGCUCAUUCAUUAUAACAUAAAAUCCUGAGCUCAGACAUACAGUUGUUCAUUUUCAUUUUUUAAAUAUUAUUUUUAUACUUUGAAAACGGGCUUUUCAUAAAUUUAUCAAAAUAAAGGUAAUAAGCAUACAACAUGUAAAAUAGAAUAAAAUACUAAAACUAGUUAGGAUAUAAGAUUGGAAAGAUAAAAGAAUAAGAGAUAUCAAGGACACCAAAAUUAAAUACAGUAGUAAUAUGGAAGAGUUAUAAUGCAAACACAUCAAAAUUAGAUUAAAUGAAAGUAGUUCAAAAAGUAAAAGUCCAAAGUUAUCAGAUUUGAUUAAAAUUAAACUAUAUAUAUAUUUAAAAUAAACUGUGAACAUGCAUAAAAAUUAAAGUAAUAGAAUGGGAAACAAACGAAGCAGAGGUGCUAUGACUCUGUCAUGUACAGAAUGCCUGUUAAGGGUGCACACAUUGCUGGAGAUAAAAGAGAAAUGAUACAUAACCAUUACAUUAGAAUUCACCAGGAAUAUAAAACUAUUCAAUCUUUUUUUACUUGACAGUAUUUCACCAGACACAUAAUUGAUAAAGAAAUGCAAAAUCCAAACAGAAUGGAGCUAAAAUAGUAUAUUUGAGAACAGUUGUACUUACCCUGCUGCCUCUACCCCCACAUGCAUGACCAGAAGCACUUAUUGAAGAUGCAGUGUGGCCUUUGCAUGGCUGAUUCAGCCAGGGCAGGCAGGGAUGCAGGGAAAUAACUGCUACAGAGUUGAGAGCUUUGGCUCCUUCAUCAACAGGCUGUCAGAUUCAGUGUUUCUUAGUCCAUUUCUCAGAAUGUGCCUCAACCUCCCAUAUUUUUACAUUCUCUCCUUUUGUUAAUAAUACUGCUUCUCUCGAGAAAGUACCUCAGCCUGAUUCAAUUCCCCCCCCCCUUAUAUUUCUUCCCUCUUGAUUCCUUUUAGCCAAAGAAUCCCUCAAGUCAGGAUACCCUGUAUGUCUGCCUGUUCCCCUGUUCAUGCAGGAAGAGUAUAUCUCAAAUGACCAAAGAAUAGGACAGAUGGGGCAUUUUCCAACUGUUGAAAGUGAGCUGUGGAAUGUAAAUUUUAAUUAUUUCAUCUGUAUAGGUUAUACAAAUGUCUUGAAAUAUCAUACCAUAUCUCAUAAAUACAUGCAGUUAUUACAUGUGCGUAAAAAUGUGUAAGCACCUCACAGAAUGUAAAAGAAAAUCAGAUUAUAAAAACAGUUUCUCUAGUGACUAAGCCAUCAAGAGAGGGGGUUUUAAAGCAGUCUGGAAAGCUCUGGAAAUUUUAUCAUAGUAUAUGCUGCCCAACAUUAUAAAAUACAUUUUUACUGAAAUAGUAUCUUGCACCAGUCGUAAUAAAUUUCAGGAGAUACAAUCUGGUAAGGAUUAGUAAAUCAUAAAAGUGGUUCAGGAGACAAAGGAUAAUUAGAAUCUUGAUUCUACUUCUUAAUGACCAUUCAGUGUAAGCAAGUUAAUUAAAUUUUCUAUACCUCAGUUUCAUCAUAUAAGAAAUGGGACAAUGCCACUUAUUUUUGCAGGAUUUUUGUGAGAUUAAAAGAAGUUGGAUCAAAGAGCUUGAAAUACAGAUAUGUUUAAGAUGGUGUGCAUGAAAGUGACAGGUUUGUGUACUGUGGUCCAAAGAAGUGAUUGUGCAGGAUUAAUACUCCCAGGUUUUUUCUUUGGGUGAAUCAUUGGAACAUGUGUAAAGGAAACAUCACUUUGUGUUAUUUGCAUAUGCACGAGACAUAGUAACCUCAUAUUCAUAAUAGCAAGAAGACUGAGUGUUUUCUUCAGCAAAAAUCGUUCAGUUAAAAUUUAAAAUAUGCUAUCCAGUUAAUUAAAAUAUAGCAAACCAAUAAAGAAAUGUGUUAUUAGUGGCAGAUGCCUGUAUGAGGAAAACAAAGAAAAAAUCAGGAAACUUUUUGUUCUCUCAUUAGCUCACUUAGAAAGAGGUCAGAUAAAAAAAAAAAAGUUAAUGCCAUCCAGACUGCAGUGUUCCCUCGCACUUUCCCAUGAAAGCAGCUGGGCGACUGCCGCUGCAAUCAGGAACAAAGGCAGCCGCGCCACACAAAGGUUUGCUCUGGGAGUGAUUCAGAGCGCAAGCCAGCCCCUGCCCCUACAAGGACUCUGGGCCCCGAGGUCCAUACAUCAGCACUAUUCCAACUGAAGCAGACAAAGCCUGAUAAAGCCCAUCUGAUUUGUUUAUGCUUUAUGAGCCUAAAUGCAGAGAUGCGUUAAAGGAAAUUUACCUGGUAAUCCCUCCUCUCAAACAACUUGUCUUACAGCUCAGAUGUCAUUAAAUGCAGUUGCUGAUUUUCAUUGAUUUAAAGCAAAACAUUUCCAGCCCACAGUCAGUUCCGUAGCUCUUUCAUUUUACAUUUCUGUAACCGUCCUGGGGGUGCAGUUUCUGUUACCUCAGUGGAUGCUAAACUACUGCUUGAAUGUGGAUUGGAGUUGGAAUGUGGCUGGGGUAAAGAUUAUUUGGGAAAUAAUACAGCACCAUACAAAAAGGUAAAUUGAUAUGUGUCAGAAACUACACCAUGGAAAUAUACAUUGUAUGUCACAUUUUCCAGUAUUGAUGGAACAUUAACAAAACAGAUAAUUAUGUAAUAAUCACAGUGAUGUCAUCAAUUAAAUUGAGAAAUCAGAAGCAGUAAAGGCACCAUUCUCUGGUGUUAAUAUAAAAAAAUAAGUCACCACAACCUGAAUUUUUAAAAAGUUAUCUCUUACAACUAAUAUGAUGAAAGAGGAAAUACUAAAUCAUUUAAAAAGAUAAAACGUGAUAUUGAAAAUUGUAAUCUAGAGGGUAAUUUUUUUCUGUACUCAGGAUAACAUGUUUAAGUUUAAAUACCAUUAUACUAAUACAUUGUCUAGAAAGACAGCAUACUUAAAUAGAUAUCCAAGUGUACAUAUUUAAAGAGAUCACAACAUGAGUGCACACAAUACACACACAUACAUGUAAACAAAGUAAAUGGGAGAAAUUAAAAGUGGGUCAGAAAACAUCAGAAAAUAGAAAUAUAAAUCCUGAUUCUUUAGGAAGAAUAUAAACAGAUCACUAACAGUCAAAAACAAGGAAGACAAUUCAAUUAAAGGAGAAAAUCACAAGUCUUCGGAGAUAAAAAAUAAUUAAAGGAUUCUGGGCUGUCAUUUGGCUUAAUGAUUAAGAUGCUGCUUGGGGAGGCGCUGUGGCAAGGGAGAGGGACGAGCUGCCCUUCGUUGUCAGCCAGGAGCGAGGACACGGCAACGCUCCCAUCCGGCUGCCCGCGAUCACUCGGCGGCCGACAUGUCAGCCGCCGGCGCCCGAGGCCUGCGGGCCACCUACCACCGGCUCCUGGAUAAAGUGGAGCUGAUGCUGCCCGAGAAA